CUCUCUCUCUCUCUCUCUCAUCCAAAAAAGAAAGUUGACCUGCUCAUAUAUGAUUUAAGGUGAAAAGCCACCAUGGAUCACAAAAGAGUUGUUUAUGAGUUGACUCAAGGUAAGGAAUUUGCCGAGCAACUCAAGAUUCAUCUGAAUAACCCUUCGUCUUCCCAUGAAACCCAAGAAAUCUUGAUCCAUAACAUCCUCAAUUCCUAUGAAAAUUCACUAUCUUUACUCACCAAUCAUGUACUUACUACAAAUGGGAGCAAUGAUGAGCCACAUUUGCAUGGUAAAAAGGGAAUCAUAAAAAAGAUGGAAUCCCAAGUUCCAUUCAGCGAAAGCCCAUGUAGCGAAGAUUCAGACCCUGAGUCGUUUAAAGAUCUUGAUCCCAAUGAUUUUGGAGCCAAGAGGAAGACAAAUGGGAGUAUCGAAAAGUGGAAGAAACAAGUGAAAGUGAGGGUAGACAUGGAGUUUGAAGAAGCUCUCGAUGAUGGGUAUAGUUGGAAGAAGUAUGGCCAAAAAGACAUUUUUGGUGCCAAGCAUCCCAGAGGUUAUUAUAGAUGUACAUAUCGACAGCUACAAGGUUGUCUUGCAACUAAACAAGUUCAAAGAACCAACGAAGAUCCAAAUAUCUUUAACAUGACCUACCAAGGAACUCAUACUUGUCACCCUGCAACUGCAACUGACACAUCUCCAACAUUACCAUUACCAUCGUCAUCAUCACCGCCACCACAGAUCCAACAUCCACCGCUACAAAACCAACUCCUUGGGUCCCCCAAAAUUCCUCAAACAGAUCGUAAAGCCAUAACCAAAAAUCUAGAGACCCAUUCAGUUUACUUCCCUUCAACAUCUAACAAUAACUUUGUUUUUCCAACCCUUAAUAGCACUUCCGAUGGCAACGAAACACCGUCCUUUAUCACUCCAACAACAUUAGGGUCUACCUAUUUCAUGAUGUCACAGCCUCAAGUAAGUAUGUGUGAAAAAAUCGAGAAUAUAGUGGGUGUAGAAUCGGAACUAAACGACAUUGCUUCUGCUGCUACAUCAUCUACAAGUUUUCAUAAUGCUGACUUGCCCUUGCCAUUUGGGGAUAUCGAAUUUGGUAGCACCUUCAGUUUUGACAAUUCAAUAUUUUUCGACUAAUAUAGACAUAUAUACAACAUUCUAUUGACAGGAAAAAGGAACCUCUUAGAAUCAUUUUGAUAGUCUAAACGUAGUUGAGAACAUACUAUGUCAACUUAGGAAGAUGAUAAGAACGACUCUUGUAACUGAUAUCGCAUCGAUCUAUUGGCUGUAGUAUAUCAGAGUUAUGUAUGUUUAGAUCAAUUUUGAUUGUGUGUAUCAUAAGUUGUAACUCUUGA